UACCUGCGGCUCAUGCGGUUGGACAAGCCCAUUGGAACCUGGCUGCUGUAUCUGCCAUGUACCUGGAGCAUUGCCUUGGCAGCUGAACCAGGUUGUUUUCCAGAUUGGUACCUGUUAUCCCUGUUUGGCACUGGAGCUGUUCUUAUGCGUGGAGCAGGCUGUACUAUUAAUGAUAUGUGGGACCAGAACUAUGAUAAAAAGGUUGCAAGAACAGCAAAUCGCCCAAUAGCUGCUGGAAACAUUUCAACUUUUCAGUCCUUUGUUUUUCUUGGAGGACAGCUGACCUUGGCACUAGGUGUUCUUCUGUGUCUGAAUUACUACAGUAUAGCUCUAGGAGCAGCAUCCCUACUUCUUGUCAUCACCUACCCACUAAUGAAAAGAAUUACAUACUGGCCUCAGUUAGUUUUGGGGUUGACUUUUAACUGGGGAGCAUUACUUGGAUGGUCUGCUGUCAAGGGCUCCUGUGACCCAUCUGUUUGCCUGCCUCUUUAUUUUUCUGGAAUUAUGUGGACUCUCAUAUAUGAUACUAUCUAUGCCCAUCAGGACAAGAAAGAUGACACUCUGAUUGGUGUUAAGUCCACGGCACUACGGUUUGGUGAAAACACCAAGCCAUGGCUCAGUGGCUUUGGUGUGGCCAUGCUGGGGGCGCUGAGCCUGGUGGGAGUGAACAGUGGUCAAACCAUGCCCUACUACACUGCUCUGACUGCUGUCGGAGCCCAUCUGGCUCACCAGAUUUACACUAUAGACAUCCACAGACCUGACGAUUGUUGGAAUAAAUUUGCCUCCAACCGAACAGUAGGACUAAUAGUUUUUUUAGGGAUUGUCCUUGGAAACUUGUGGAAAGAAAAGAAGACAGAUGAAACAAAGAAAAAUAGAGUAGAAGAUUAGCAAAUGAAGUUUAUCUAGGAAUUUUUAAAACAAACUUUUACAAAACACUCUCAGGUUAUGUUACUACAUAAUUAAAUUUAAAUAAGCAGUCUUACAAUAUGUUAAAGAAUUAAGAACCAGAAGAUGAAGACUUGCAUAUUUUGCCUGGAUUUUAGUUCAAGUAUUUGCUAGCAAAAUUCUUCCCAUGUCACAGAAACCAGAGGGACUCCCCGAUAUGAGAUGACCUUGAGUAUUUAAGUUGAUGCAUUCUUUUGUUCAUUAUAAUUGUCAUCUUUAGUUUUGGGAACUGUAUGUAUUUUGGCACUUUAGAAGAAACCAGACAUGUAUCUCAUCUAAAUAAAUGUAGGAAAACACUCUUUUUAGGGAAAAAAAAAAAGCUGCUGCAAAAAGUUGAGGUUUAUUCUUUAUUGUGACCUUUAUUCACUGCCAAAAUCUAUAAUUCAGAAAAUCAUUGGUUUUCAUUUUUUAGGGGAAUUUGAGUAAAAAAAUUAUACAUACUAUAUCCAUACAGACUAGUGUUGUUACCAACCCUGACAUUUAUUUGGGAACUCCAGUCUGUGUGUAGCCACAGUGACCAGAAUGGGUAGGCAGGCCAUCACCAGGGAUCUUUUUUUUUAAUCUCAUCUGAUUGUAAUUCAUAAGAUAGUGGCAUAUUAGUUAAGUGUACUGUUUCUUCUCUUGCCCCCUUCAGAAUGUUCUCAACACAGCAGCCAGAGUGAUUUUCUUAGAAUCUAUGUGAGGUCAUGUCAUUCCUCUGCUCAUAACCCUCCCCAAUCUUCCCAGGACACUUAGUACAAAGUAAAAGUCUUACCACCUACUAGGCUCUCCACGAUCUGGCCUUAUCUGUGACUACUCUUAACAACCUUCUCCAGCCCCACUUACCUCCUCACUGCCCCUCAACAGUCUUGGCAGAUUCCUACCCCCAGGCCUUUGCAUUUCCGGUCUGCUUUGCCUGGAAUGCUCUCCUUGAAUGAUGUCUUAGUACUUUGCCACAGAUUUUUUUUCCUAAAUGUUACCUUCUCAAAGAGGCUUUUCUUAGCCACUGUUUCUAAAAUUUGAUAUACAAAUUCUACCUACACUUCAUAUUCUCUUGUUCUUGGUUUUUUUUUCUUCAGAACUUUACCUAAAAUAUAUUUUACUUGAUUUAAGUGGCUCUUAGGGAGAGUGGAGUAUAAGGGAGGCAGACAAUUGUGUAUGUGGGUUGUGGGCAACACUACACACUAAAUCCCAUCAUAAUGAUAAUGAUGGUGAUUAUGAUGAUGCAACUAAUGGAGCACGUAUAUAUGCCAUGCACUGAUAAAUAGGCAGAGGAAAAUGUACUUAACUGUUCGUUUAUUCAGUAAAUACUGACCCACUGAGCAUGAGUGUUUAGACUUAAGACAGGAGAAGCAGCAAUGAGUUGAAGACAAGAAAUAGAAACAUAUCCCACUUUUAGGUAUGUUUUAUCUAUCCUGAUACAGUAUCAGAAUUAUUUUAUCAGGAUAGAUAAUAUUUUUAUGUUGAUUUCUGUUUUCUUACAAAUAUCCUAUAUAUUUUUUCCUUUUGAAAAGAUUUAGCAAAAUCUAUACCAUUUUUCUAGAAAAUACAGUAAUAAUAAAAUAUAGAGUUUAAACAGAAGAGUAUCUUCAGUAACGAAGUGACAGGGAAAAAAUCGAGCUUAGAAAAAGGUUAUGCCCCUUUAAGGUAUGCCAUUUCUCAUAAGAAAAUGUUGAUCUCUAAAUGUCUUGGCAUGGACUUUGGAAAACAAUGCUGAACCUGAUAACUGGAGCAGGAGCAGGGCCAAAGGGGGCACAGAGGCCUGGUGUUAGCACCCUCUACAUUGUACUCUGAAGGAAGCCUUAAGGCAGAAUUCCUUUCCUACUCGGAAAAGAGCUCCAGUGUCUAAAAGGGCAAUGAUUCUGUUGAGGAAUGGCUAGAAUUUGCCAAAAUCUGCAUAAUCUGUUCACGAUUGCUACAUAAUUUUCAGAUCACCCUAUAUUUUAGAAUGCUUAAGAUCUAAACCCAUUAGCACUGAUUCCACUUAUAGGAGAGUAAGUGCAAUGUGUUUCAAUUUUAUUUCAUUUUCUUAAGUUAGUUGAUGAAAAGUUAAUAUGGAACAAAUCUUAGAAUUGGUAAAACUGCAGCCAUUUGUGAUAAAUGGGGACAGGAGAAUAUAGUUAAAAAUUUAUACAUUAUCUUGCUCUCAAAAAGCUGCUAAAACUGAGAUGAGUUAGUUCUCUUAUUUUUCCUUCCUUCUCUCAGGUAGAAAGGCUGGAAAAGUGAUAUAAAUGGGUAUGGGGCAGAUGGGGAAGAAAAGAUGAAGUAGAUUAUUAGCCCCUAAAAUCAUGGACAUAAAAUAAUUCAGGAUUGCAAAGAAGUGCAGUCAUCUAUCGGAUAUCAGGGUUAUCUAUCUAUGCAUAACCAUGAGGGGCACUGUAACAAAAUGGGUGAAAUCACUAGUUUCCUCUUGGGAAAUUCGUUCAAUGUAAAAGGCCCUUGCCCUAUCUGCUUCAGUUACCCUGAAGUGGUAAAGAAUUUUGUAAACAGUUACCUUGUAAAAAUUCAUGGUAGGGGUGGAGUUAGGGUGGGAGCUACGGGAAACCUGGCUACAGAACCUAAAAGUUACAACACAAGUGCUGCCUCUCCCUCUUCCUGGACUACUUUGCUAAAUUGCUCCAUCCUUCUUCCAUAUUGUAAAAGACUCUAGUCAGGCCACACACUACUAUUUACCCCAAAUCGACAUAUCCUCUUGCCCUUGGGCUGGUCCUUUUACUGUCGUAGGCCACACUCAUACACCCCCGUCUUCCAUCACAACUGUUAGGAGGGUGAGGGCCUGCCCUUUAGAACAGACAGGAUUUCGUGUGAAUCCUCCCUCAAACACCUGCCAACUGGGAGACAGGAAAGUGACAAACCGCUCUCAGCCACCAUACUUUUAUGUGCUAGAUCUGAGCUAUGCGAGCAUUAAACAGUUGACAUAUGUUAAAGCCUAUUAUGGGCCGAAUCGUAUUGCCCCAAGAUUCAGAUAUUGAAGUCCUAACCCCCAGUAGUAAAUGUAUUUGGCGAUAAGGUCUUUUAGAGAGAUUAUUAAAUUAAAAUGAGGUCAUUAGGGUGAGCCCUAAUCCACCUCCUUACAAGAGGAAAUCUGGACACACAAAGAGACACUAGAUGCUUGUGCAUGUGAGAGAUGACUGCAUGAAGGCAUGGGAGAGGGUGGCCAUCUGCAAGCCCAAGUGAGGGGCCUCAGAAAACCAAGCCUGCUGACGCCUCAGACUUCUGGCCUCCAGAACUGUGAGAAAAUAAACGUUUUUCAAGCUA